UCACAUUUUCCAGCCUCAUCCCUCAACUGCGGUCGCGUCGCACGAACCCCUCCUACUAUCUCUCGGCCGCAUCCCAGCAUCCCAUCUGCUGUAGGAUUUAGCGUCGAUUCUCGUCUUGUCCAUCUCAUUCUCAUCCGCAAGCCUCGGUCACCAUGGCACCCGCGCAGGCGUCAGACCCGGAGGUCGACAGUAUGUUUGUUUGAGCUCUGCUGGCGCUCAGCCUUGCGACCCAAUUGUCACUUUGAUAAGCACUGACCGACCUGCCUUAGUCGACAUGAUCCAAGAGGAGGAAGAUGAUCAGGUCGAGCGCCUCAUCAAUGAGGGUGAGCUUUGCUCCUUAGCUACCUGCCGGCCGUUGCAUCUCUGACCAAGACUAGAGUACAAGACGUGGAAGAAGAACAGUCCAUUCCUCUACGAUAUGAUUCUCGGAACCGCCUUGACUUGGCCUACCCUCACUGUCCAGUGGUUUCCCGAUGUCAAGGAACCCGAGGGCAAGAGCUACAGGAUGCACCGCCUCUUGCUAGGCACACAUACUUCCGACGACAGCACCAACUACCUUCAGAUUGCUGAUGUGCAGAUCCCCAAGACUGUCGCGCCUAAUCCCGACAACUACGACGAGGAGCGCGGCGAGAUUGGCGGAUACGGCAACUCUGGCGAUGUCGCCGCCAUCAAGUGCGAGAUCGUCCAGAAGAUUGAGCACCCCAGCGAGGUCAAUAAGGCACGCUACCAACCACAAAACCCCGACAUCAUCGCUACAUUGUGCGUCGACGGUAGGAUUCUCAUCUUCGACCGGACAAAGCACCCACUUCAGCCGGCCACCCCAGGCAAGAUCAAUCCCCAGAUCGAGCUUGUCGGCCACAAGGCCGAGGGCUUUGGCUUGGCUUGGAACCCCCAUGAGGCCGGCGGCCUGGCAUCAGGAAGCGAGGACAAGACUAUGUGUCUCUGGGACUUGAAGACGCUUGAGGCAGAUUCGAAAUCGCUCCGACCAGCCCGUCGGUAUACCCACCACACUCAGAUUGUCAAUGAUGUACAAUACCACCCCAUCGCCAAGAGCUUCAUUGGCUCCGUCUCGGACGACCAGACGCUCCAAAUCGUCGAUGUUCGCCAGAGCGACACGACCAAGGCUGCAGUCGUUGCCAAAAAGGGGCAUCUCGAUGCCAUCAAUGCCCUCGCUUUUAACCCUACCUCGGAGGUUCUGGUUGCCACAGCUUCAGCCGAUAAGACGAUAGGAAUCUGGGACCUGCGAAAUGUCAAGGAGAAGGUGCACACGUUAGAGGGCCACAACGACGCGGUGACUUCCCUGGCUUGGCAUCCUACUGAGGCUGGUAUCUUGGGCAGCGGUAGCUAUGACCGAAGAAUCAUCUUCUGGGAUCUGUCUCGGGUGGGUGAGGAGCAGCUGCCUGAUGACCAGGAUGACGGCCCCCCUGAGUUACUCUUUAUGCACGGCGGGCAUACGAACCACUUGGCUGACUUUAGCUGGAACCCGAAUGAGCCCUGGCUCGUGGCGAGUGCCGCAGAGGAUAAUUUGCUUCAGAUUUGGAAGGUCGCAGAGUCCAUCGUAGGACGGGACGACGGCGAUCUUCCCGUCGACGAGCUUGACCGAUAGUUGAGGUGGAAGUUCCUUGGAGAGAGUCGGUCUUCAUAGGAUGAGGAAACUGUGCGACUCUGGGCGAUGAGGCACAGGGGCGACUCAGAGUCGGCGGAGUUAGGCACUUGAUUUCAAUUCACUGGCAUUUCCCCCACGACUGUCUUUAUUGCGAGCGAAACGACGGACUCGCGGCUCACCUGGAACCGCCGCCGUACAGUUCUUGUUCGUUCGUAUGCUGCGGUUGCGGUAGCAACAGCAAACGAAAAGUUGUUCAUCUGACAACCACGUCACCUGACCGACUCUAUAGUUCACCCGAUCAAUGGCUAUUGAUUGUGUCUCUCUAUUGUUCCGUCAACAAUAGCUAGCUACUUUACUGUUC